AUGAAAAAAGUUACUAAUUUUAGCGAUUGUCCAUGCGAACGUUACAACAACACUCUAGAUAAAGCUAUGAAACGAAUUAAAACUAUUCAUGAAAAAUAUCUAUUCAUUAAGAAUAUCAUAACAGCUGAGAAAACACCUGAUUAUCAAACGACGAUAACAUAUACAACGCAUGGUGAUGUCGUUUUUCUCAUUGAAAAUAUUAUUCCAUUGCUAGAAAGAUGGCAGGCUCCAAUAAGCAUAGCUUUAUAUACUCCCGGAUCUGAUUUCAAUGUGACAUUAGAUGCAAUUUUAUAUUUUAGGAAUUGUCAUGAUCAACGAGAUCUUGUGAGAGAUUUGGCGUCAUUUCAUUUCUUUCUUGAGAAGGAUUUAGUGCCUAAAGACAUGAAUCUUAAAGUUGAUGAAUCAAAAUUUUCUUGCUCCUCAAAUGACCAUCUUUUAAAUCUUAAACAUGGUGAAACUUACAGAGCUUUGAAAGAGCUCGUCUACCCAAUUAAUGUUGGACGAAAUUUGGCAAGAGCAACUGUUGGUACUCAUUUUGUUCUGGCUAGUGACAUUGAACUUUAUCCCAGCCCUGGUUUGAGUGAAAAUUUCUUUCGUAUGAUCAAUCAAAAUCCAGAAGCUUAUCCUGAUGGAAAAAGUGUCUUUAUACUACCUGUGUUUGAAAUUGAAAAAGGUGUCGAAUUGCCUCAAAAUAAAUCACAACUUCGUAAGCUUUUCAAGGAUCAUAAAAUGUUUUUGAUCCAUGAAAAAAUAUGUCAAAAAUGUCAUAAAUUUCCAAACCAAACCCAAUGGAUGAAAGAAGAUGAUCCAGAAUUAAAAGUGUUCGUUACUGUCAAAAGAAAAGGUGAAUAUAAACAUUGGGAACCUAUGUAUAUUGGUACAAAUGCGGAACCAACAUUCGACGAGCGAUUGAGCUGGGAAGGGAAAUUUGAUAAAAUGACACAAGCUUACAUCAUGUGUCUUCUUGAUUAUAAUUAUCACGUGCUUUCAAAUGCAUUCCUCAUUCAUAGACCAGGAAUUAAGACGCAUAAACAAGCCGCACGAGUGGAAUGUGAAGCUGUUGCCAAAAGAAUUAUACACGAAGUUAUUGAGCCAGAGAUGAAACUAUUGUAUGGAAAGAGAAAAGACUGUUUUGUUCUUGAAUAA